AUGGCGCUGCCACAGCCUCGCGGGGAUGAGCGGGAUGACGUGAUGCUGCAGAAACACCAAGGGCCAGGACACCCCUCGAGCCCCCUGCUACCCGCAGGAGUCCUGGUGCUGUCGUGGUACCCGUCCAAAAGCCUGGUGCCGUUCAUCCUGGAUGCCGUGCACCGAUACGCUAUAAAGGUGACCUUCCACAUCCAGCCGUACAAGGGGCGGGAUGACCACACUGUGCACGAGAACAUCAAAUACAUCCUGGACAACUACGGCUCACAUGGCGCUUUCUACAAGUACAAGACGAGCACUGGCAGGAGCCUGCCCCUGUUCUACGUCUACGACUCUUACCUGACGCCCGCCGAGUCCUGGGCCAACCUGCUCACCCCGACGGGCUCCCACUCUGGCCGCAACACCCCUUACAACGGCUUGUUCAUAGAGCUGCUGGUGGAGGAGGGGCACAAGCACGACAUCCUCUCUGCCGGCUAUGAAGGCAUGUACACAUACUUCACAUCCAAUGGCUUUUCCUUCGGCUCCUCCCACCGAAACUGGAAAGCGAUCAAGGCUUUCUGCGACUCCAGCAACCUCAUGUUCAUCCCCAGCGUUGGGCCUGGCUACAUCAACACUACCACCCGCCCGGAAAGCCACCACACACAGAACCGCAUCAACGGGAAAUACUACGAGACAGCCCUGCAGGCCGCCUAGGUGAGGCCAGAGAUAGUCUCCAUCACGUCCUUCAACGAGUGGCAUGAAGGCACCCAGAUCGAGAAAGCUGUGCCCAAGACAGCGACGCACCUGUACCUGGACUACCAGCUGCACCAGCCCAACAUGUACCUGGAGCCGACCCGCCGGUGGGCAGAACAUUUCAGCAAGAAGGAGCAGUGGCUGAUGUGACUGCUGUGCACAGGUGGCUUCUGGUCUUUACCUUACUGAAAGGUCAGG